CCCCUAGUUUCCGGAAUAUAAACAGCUAAGCUUUAUGCAAGAGAAAAUGGACUCCUGAGAUUGCCCACUAUUAGCCAAGUGAAAUCCGUAGUGUUUUUUAGAAACCACGUUGAAGUACGUCCAAAUAAGGCACUACAGACUCGACAGUAACUGGAUCCUGGUCGCGGAAACUUGACCUCUCUCCAUUUCUGUAUCGAUGGAGUGGUCUGACGGCUCAGAGCAAAGUGGCAGUAACCAGUCAGAAUCACAGCGGCGAAGACAGCUGGACCGCCUGGACAGGGAAGAGGCCUUCUACCAGUUUGUCAACAAUCUUAGCGAUGAGGAUUAUCGCCUCAUGAGGGAAAACAACCUUUUGGGCACCCCAGGUGAGGUAACAGAGGAUGAACUUUUGAGUCGACUUCAACAAAUUAAAGAUGGUCCAGAGCCGCCGAACAGCAGCCCCAGCACUGAAACUGGAGAAGCCACUGGUGAAAUCCCAGGGGGAUCAGAGGACUCCUCCAACGGUGACACGCUGCUGGACUGGCUGAACACGGUACGGCGCACGGGGAACACCACGAGAAGUGGUCACAGCGGCAACCAGUCAUGGCGGGCCGUGAGCCAGACGAACCCGAACAGCGGCGACUUCCGCUUCAGCCUAGAAAUCAACGUGAAUCGCAACCUGGCCGAGCAGCAGGCAGCAGCCGCGGCGGAGGGCGGGCAGGAGACCCCGGAGGCUCCAGGGGCCCCAGGGGAGGUCGCGGCAGCCGGGGUGCCUUCAGCAGCUGUGCCUGCAGCAGGAGUAACUGCAGUAGGGGUGACUGCAGCAGGUGUGACUACAGCAGCCGGGCCUGCAGCAGCAGUUGUUCCUGCAGUAAGGGGGACUGCCGCAGGUGUGCCUGCAGCAGGUGUGCCUGCAGUAUGUGUAAUUGCCGCAGGUGUGACUGCAGCAGGAGCGCCUGCAUCAGGGCUGACUGCACCAGUACUACCUCCACCAGCGGUGCCUGCACCACCAGUGCCUGAGGCCGAGGCUGAGCCGGAGCCACAGGCUGUGUCCAUGGAGGUGGAGGAGGUGGUUGAGGAACCAGUCGUAGAAGAGUUGGCUGUCAUAGUGGAGCCAGAGCCUGAAUUUGAAGAUGCUGUGAUGCAGGAGGUGCUACCAGAACCCCCGGUCCCUGCCCCCACCGAGCCCCCGGUCCAGUCCCCCCCUAGCCCCCCCCAACGUCGAGCACAAAGGAGAGCCCGCAGUCCAAGCCCAGAACCCCGCAGAACCAGGGCUCGCACAGCCCGGAGUCGCUCCCCUCUCAGCCUAGAGCGGCUGGACGGUCUUCCUCACCUUCGCCAUGCCCCCCGCCCCGUCCCGGCCCCUGUGGCACCUGCCGAGGGCAGCUCUAGCACUCGACAACACGUGCCCUCUAGGCAGAGCAAUCCCGAGUACGAAGCGCAGCCGGCAGCGGCGGAGGCAGUGCCCGCGGCGGAGAGUCCGAGUGCAGGUCCUCCAGAAGGAGAGGCCGCGGGUGCAAGAGGGGGGGCAGGGGGUCGACGGCCUCCCACCAUCAUGCUGGACCUCCAGGUGCGUCGUGCGCGGCCAGGCGAGUACCGCCAAAGAGACAGCAUUGCGAACCGCACGCGCUCCCGCUCCCAGAACUCAAACAAUACCUUCCUGUACGAGAGCGAACGGGGCGGCUUUCGUAGGACCUUCUCGCGCUCGGAGCGCGCUGGCGUGAGGACCUACGUCAGCACCAUUCGCAUCCCCAUCCGGAGGAUCUCCGACGCCGGCCUGGGCGAGGCAACCUCCAUUGCGCUCCAGUCGAUGAUCCGUCAGAUCAUGACCGGCUUCGGUGAGCUCAGCUACCUCAUGGACUCCGACUCCUCGGACUCAAACCGCGGAGCCGGCACGCCCGCAGAACCGACCGAGACCCUCAACAACCCAGAAGGCGCGAGUGCGCCUGUGGCGGAGGAGCCACCCGUAGGCGCCGUUAGUGCAGGGGAGGCUCGGACAGUGGAAAGGGACUUAGAGGAAGGCCUGACCUCCGGCCCGGCCGGGAGGGAAGGCGGGGUUGGGGGCGGGGGCUUCACGGCUCGGCCCAGACCCCCCAUCAGCAUGGAGGAGCCCAGCUCUCUGCCGUUCCUCCGACUCGCCCACUUCUUCCUCCUCAACGACGACGGCGAGGACCCCACAGGGGUGACCAAAGAGCAGAUCGACAUCCUUGCGACACGUUACGGGGGGAGAGGGACUUAGAGGAAGGCCUGACCUCUGGCCCGGCCGGAAGGGAAGGAGUCCUUUACACUGCGUCUACAGGCAGUGGAAAGGAUAUACGAUGACAAGUUCCUGGUUUUAAAAACCAAAACAUGAAAGUAUUGACAGAAAAACAGAAAUAUUUACAUUUUGUGGGAAGUUUUGUAAUAAGACCAUGACAUUGCUGUGAGAGUGUUGUGUUACUGUGUAAAACACAAAUAAGCAAAGAAAAAAUUACUUGCAAAAAAAUCUUAUUAACAUUAUCCCCAUUCAAGGCUGUAUGGGGAUAAUGUUAUCUUGGUAACUUGCUGAGUUUUUUAAUAUUUUCUAUGGAUAUAUAAAUUAAAAUACUACCUUGAAAGCUG